GCUCGAUCUCUCGACAACAACCGUCAACCUCCAGCCUCCACCAAGCCUUCGCUCAACACCGAUCACCUUUCUUUCGCAGCUCAUUCACCAAUCUCCAUUUGUAGCAAAUCUUGAACUGGUUGCUGAAUUUUUCCUUCACGCUGAUUUCGGUCAAUCUUCAAGUUUUAUCUGUUUUUUUCACCUUGCCGCCGUGUGUUCUGAAGCGCAGCUGGAGACAACGCACCGCAAGAUGUCCGAAUCAAGAAAUAAGAGGAUCUCUUCCAAAGUCUCAACAGUUCCGAGAGAUUAUGCCACACCACCUCGCGCUCGUCAAACCCAAGCCAUGACCUUCGGGUCACCCCUUCCUAGAACAGCGAGAGCACAGUCACUUGCAAUAAACAGAGGUCGCGGUGGCAUUCAUACGCCGGAACAGGAAAGCACGACUAGAGAAACAGUCUAUCGGUCUGUAUCUGCUUCGAUGUCGACUCCUCGAAAGAGAUCUCAGGUCGACCGCAAGCUCACAAAUAGUGACGAGAAGAAAAACCUUCAACGUGAACCUCUAACAAAGAAGCAAGCCCGGAAGGCGGACCAACUAUAUGGAGAUAGCGAACAACCUGACAAGUGGAUGCUCGACUCUGGCAUGAACUUUGGCAUUCACGUUGGCCAUCAUAUCAAUUGGCACGACGUACAAAUUGAGGCAAAUAUCAAUAGCAGAGGUGAUCUCAUUAUCAGAGCCCCCAAAUCCUUGACACCGGAAGAAGUAGUAGCACAAGCAUGGCCCAAUGAGUUUCCUUGCGAUACUCAUCAGGAUGCACCGAACGUGGCGUACCGCGAUGUCAAGAUCAAAAAUGCAAUCGCUAAAUAUUACAAGGGUGACCUCAAUAAAGCUACCUACGAGACAAAGAGAAACUUACUGCUUGAGUAUCUCACUGCAACUCAUGAAGGCCGUGCCGUAAAUCACAUUACUGAGGAGAGCUAUGGAACUAGACCUAUUCGCGACUAUCGUGUUGGUACACAUCGUCGACAUGGCCUAUCUGUUUAUGCUUUUUUAAGCAAUGGCGUUAUUCACUUCCGAAUUCACGAAGAGGACAACAAGAAGCUUGUGCUUCCCAAGAAGGCAGUCGAUUUCGACGACGUUAAGUUCCUGCCUGAAUAUGGACAAGGUACCCCAAAAGAAACGAAAGAAUACAUCUUCAAACGACUCAUCAAUCAUGCCGAAAGUCCGGAACUUGGCGGGACAUUCUCGAGAGAACACCAACCCUCUUGCAGCCCACGCUUGCAAGACGAGUAUGACGAUCUCCACUCUAACUAUACACUGUCUAGCCAAGCCAUUCUUGGGCAAGAGGAAGACGAUGGAUUGUUCGACGCUUUGCAGAACUUCGAGCAAACAGGGAAAUUGCUUAAAAACGAAGUCCUUAAACGGGAAGGCGCGCUGCAAGAGCAUCACAUAGACCUCACAAGAGAGAAGGAGCGACUUGUGCUGCUCGAACAAUCCCUAAUGCAGCGUCAGAAUGUCCUUGAAGUCCAGGAGAAACUUGGGCUUGAUCGAAAGGAGGUACUUGCUGAGAAGAAGCGUCUUAACGCACUUGGGAAGACUUUAGAAGAGAAUGACCGUGUCAGGAAGCGAGAGUUAGACGAAAAGGCAGCCGCCCUGGUUAAAGAGGAGAAUCGCCUCCAGUCGUUGAAAACCUCUAUGGACAAGCGCGAUGAACAGCUUGUGAACGACCGGGCCAAACAAGACAAGCAGGUCGAAAAGUCUCGUGAAUCUUUAUUGGAGCGCAAGAAUCAACUCGACAAGCGAGAUGCAGCAAUCGAACAGAAGGAGAGUGCCCAAGCCGAGAAGGAAAAAGCACUCGAAUUGAGGGAGCGAGCCAUCAAAAACCAGGAGCAAGAGCUCAGCAAGAAGGAAGAGUCAAAUCGAAGACGAGCGGAACAAGUUGACAAGCAAGAAGCCGCUCUGAAGAAGAAGGCUCUUAUGGUUUCCAAUAAAGAAAGCACCAACGGAGCUAUUGCUAGACUCAAGGCAGAUUACACUGCCAAGAUCAAGCAAAAGGACGCUGAGAUUGCUGUGUACAAGGAUCCGUACCGGCUACGAAUUGACAGCGAAACCACGUUCAGCAGGAGCUUCCACAAGAUUCCUGAUGACCAACCUAACGGCGGAAUGUACUUAGAGAAGGCACAUGCUAGCGUUGCGGGUAAGGGCGACUUUACUCACAUGAAGUUUGAUCAUUUUCGAAUUGUUCAGUUCCCUGCUAUCAAAGUCGAGGGUGAGCUGGUUAAGGAGGGUUAUGAGUAUGAUGGCCACAAGUAUUCUGUAUAUCGGAACGAAGGAAAGAUCAAGCUGGUACAGGACUUUGAGCCAGGCAUGUUACGCCAACAGGACAAUAGGCUAGUCAUCUCUUGGAAUUGCCUAAAGGAGCAGGGGGAGCCAAGCUUUACCAUUUGAGCAAGUAGCACCUGGUUUGUCGCGAUUGGGAAGGAGCGUUGGCGUUUAUAGAUGUCCCAGCCUUCUGGGACAUGUUCGUUGUAGAAAAGGUAUUUGAUGAUAUUGUCGAGGGUAACGUCGUAUACGGAAUGUUUACUAUGGAGUUCUUAAUUGUAUAGUAAUCUUCGAGCCAUUGAGUAAAUGAAUAUAAUGAUGUCUGAAACUAAUACUGGGCUUGAUUCAGGCCUUUUUCAUGAAGUCCAUCAGAUCAAAUCCAGAACCAGAAGUAUCCGCUGUCUUCUUCUGAGCCAAUAUAGCAGCCAGCCCACC